UUAGUUUUAAAUGAAAGCCGGCAUCGGUUUAACCUACAAUAAUUUAGAUGUAUAUAAUUUAACAGUAUCAAGUAUAAAGUAGAAGUGAAGGAAAAAUGACGGAAACGCAACAAAAAACGAAGUGUAUUACAUUAAAAGGAUCUGCGGAGUUAGUAACACAGUAUUUACUUUAUGGAAUCAACAGUAUACUUUAUCAAAGAGGAAUAUAUCCUCCAGAAACAUUUGAGCCAGCGGAACAGUUUGGCUUAUUCUUCUUAAUGUCAACGGAUGAGAAAAUUAAGUCAUUCUUAGACACCGUAUUAGGUCAGAUUCAAGAAUGGCUAGUUCAGCGAAAAGUUCAGAAAAUAACUUUAGUUAUAACAAAUGUUAAUACGAAAGAAGUUUUAGAGAAAUGGGAUUUUAGAGUCGACUAUGAAGGUCAAGUAUCAAAAAGUACAAGCAAUAAUAGUAAGGUAGAAUUGCCUGAAGUUGGUACAAAGGAUGUGAAAACUAUACAGAAAGAGAUUCGAGAAGUUAUACGUCAAAUUACAGGUACUGUAAGUUUCCUACCAUUGUUGGAUUGCUUAUGUUCCUUCGACAUACUAACUUAUACUGUACCAGACUGUAAUAUUCCAAAAGAGUGGGACGAAACUCAACCAGUAUUCAUAGCAAACAGUCAGGAAGUACAAUUGAGAUCAUUUUCAACAUCAAUCCAUAAAAUGGAUACUAUUGUUAGUUAUAGAAAUGUUUGAAUAAUUAUGAUAAACAAAUAAUUUAUAAGUGUACAUAGAUCUUUUGAAGAACUAUAUUUUAACUAAUUAUCUUUCCAAUAAAAUAUACUAUUUCUUUUUACAAAAUUUUAAUAAAGAUGUAAGUUUUAAUAAGAGA